UAAAGGUCCUGGGCCAGCUCUGAUAUCAGAGAGCUACAGCUCUUAAGAGAUAAACAAGACUUUCUGCAGGGAGAAAAGGAUUUGAAAAAUUACCUGCCACAAUGACAGACAGAAGCCCCUUCGAAACGGACAUGGUCACACUGACCCGCUAUGUUAUGGAAAAGGGGCGACAGGCGAAAGGGACUGGAGAGCUCACACAGCUGCUAAACUCCAUGCUGACAGCCAUCAAAGCCAUUUCCUCAGCUGUGCGCAAGGCGGGCCUGGCCAACCUGUAUGGGAUUGCGGGAAGCGUGAACGUGACGGGGGAUGAGGUGAAGAAACUGGACGUGUUAUCCAAUUCCCUGGUAAUCAACAUGCUCCAGUCCUCCUACAGCACCUGUGUACUGGUCUCAGAAGAAAAUAAAGAGGCGAUUAUCACCGCCAAGGACAAGAGGGGGAAAUAUGUGGUCUGCUUUGACCCACUGGAUGGAUCUUCCAACAUCGACUGCCUGGCCUCCAUUGGAACCAUAUUUGCCAUCUACAGAAAAACUACAGAGGAUGAGCCUUCUGAAAAGGAUGCCCUGCAGCCAGGCCGAGAUAUUGUGGCUGCAGGCUAUGCACUCUAUGGCAGUGCAACCCUGGUUGCUCUGUCCACUGGGCAAGGAGUGGACCUCUUCAUGCUUGACCCAGCUCUCGGUGAGUUCAUUCUGGUGGAAAAAGAGGUCAAAAUUAAAAAGAAAGGAAAGAUUUACAGCCUCAAUGAAGGCUAUGCCAAGUAUUUUGAUGCUGCCACCAUGGAAUAUGUGCAGAAAAAGAAAUUUCCUGAGGAUGGCAGUACUCCCUAUGGGGCCAGGUACGUGGGCUCCAUGGUGGCCGAUGUGCACCGAACCCUGGUCUAUGGAGGGAUUUUCCUAUACCCAGCGAACCAGAAAAAUCCAAAGGGCAAGCUCCGGCUCCUGUAUGAGUGCAAUCCUGUGGCCUAUAUCAUUGAGCAGGCGGGAGGCUUGGCAACCACAGGCACCCAGCCUGUGCUGGAUGUGAAGCCUGAGGCUAUUCACCAACGAGUUCCCCUAAUUCUGGGGUCCCCGGAUGAUGUGCAGGAAUAUCUCACCUGUGUACAAAAAAACCAGGCAGGCAGGUAGUGAAUCAGACUGUGCAAAUCCUAUUCUUUUUGUCUUGUACCCUGUGUGUUAAGGACCCUAAAUGAAUGAUAAGCAGAAACAGUGGUGAUGAGUGACAAAGGGCCCAUCCACCCAAUCACAAACAGAAAAGCAGCAGCAAACCACUCA